AGGAAACGUACGAAGCGCCGCCGUGUGGGUAUUUGACGGAGAUCUCGUGAGAGGACUCAUUGGUUCAUGCCAUUCCAGAUUGGUGCAUCCCUUCGCUAACGGGUGUGAUGCCAGAAGGAGGGUCAGGAGUCGCUAAGAUGGAGCCGGACCUCGAGGCUGGGCAGGGCAUCCCGCCCCGUGACUCGUCCUCCGUGAUCGACGCCACCAUUCGUGAGCUGGAGCGCACGAGCGGCAGAGGCGGCAUCCGACGCCGCACUGCCGAUGCCCUCGAGAAGUUCUUCCGAAUGCACGAACGCGGUAAGGAAGUCAGCACGUGUCACAGGGGGAUGCAUGGCCUGGCGUGGAUUGAUGUGUGUCUGUGUUGUUGGUGCUCGCAAUCCACUCUCUCUCUCUUGUUCGUUCGUGUGGUUGGCCAACGCAUCGCAUCAGAGACGACCAUAGCGACAGAGAUCCGAGCGGGAUGCGUGACCUUCAUCACCAUGUCAUACAUGUAAGGAAGGCGCCACACACCUCAACUCAACUCACCUCACCUCAUCUCGUCGACACGAAUGGCACCUUGUUUGUUUCCCGUUACCGCUGGCUGCGUUCGUUUAGCGUCAUCGUGAACCCUCACAUCCUUGCCAAUUGUUUCGAGCCCUCCCGCGGCGACCUCAGCAAGGAGACCACAGGACAGAUCCGAGACCCCGUCGUCUUUGGGCACAUCCACGCCGCCACUUGCGUGACGGCCAUCAUCGCCUGUCUGUGGGUCGGCCUCUUCGCCAACCUGCCCUUCGGGAUGGCUGCCGGUGAGCGGAGCGAGUGGACGGACAGAUGGGAGACAGACAGGCAGGCAGGCACCUCACGAGUGUCAUUGAUUGACGCCUCUCCGUGUGUGUGCAUGUGUGUGUCGGCAUUUGCAGGGAUGGGGCUCAACUCGUAUUUCACCUACGGCGUGUGUUGGUUGCUGGAUGUGAAGCCGGGUGCUGCCCUCGUAGCGGUGCUCGUGCAGGGCGUCACGUUUGCCCUCCUCUCGGUCACCGGCCUCUGCAACGCCGUCCAGGCACUCUGCCCCGACUGCAUCAAAAAGGCCCUCACCGUAGCCAUCGGGCUUUUCCAGGCCUUUAUCGGCCUGCGCUUCGCCGGGGUGGUCGUGCCGUCGCCGCACACUUUGGUGACGCUGGGUGACCUGACGAGCAUGAACAUGUGGCUGGCGAUCAGCGGGGUGCUCCUGAUAGCGGUGCUGCUGUCGUUCAACGUCAAGGGUUCGAUGGUCAUGGGUAUUGGGUUUGUGACAAUAACGUCGUGGGUGAUGGGGCUGACCGACCCGCCCAAGGCGGUCUUCGCAUUCCCCAACUUCAUGAACCCGCUGCACGCACUCGACUUCCAGGCCUUCUGGGACGACUCAGGUGGGGUGGGGUGGGGGUCAGUCAGGAGAGGGGGCUGCCUGAGGGAUGGAUGGAUGGAUAAAUGGGUGUCUGCCUUCAUUGUCUUCUUCUCGUGUCUUGUGUGUCUGCCUUAUGCAGGGAAGCUGCUGUGGGUAGCCCUGGCACUCCUCGUUGUUGCUCUAUUCGGUACUCAACACAGAGACACACGGACAGCCAGUGACGGCCAGCCCACUGUGCCUACCUGAAUCCUCCUGCCUGUCUGCCAUAAUGCCUGCCUGUUCCGUGUGCUGUGCUGCAGACACUGCUGGUGUGCAGUUUGGCGCCGGUCUGCAGGCAGGUCUCAUCGACCAGGGCGGCAAGCUGCCCGGCUCCCGCCAGGCCUUCCUCGCCUCGUCGGUGGCCACCACUGUCGCAGCGCCUCUGGGGUGCUCGCCCGUCAUCAUCCACAACGAGUCGUGUGCCGGCAUUCAUGAGGGCGGCCGUACGGGGCUCACGGCCAUCGUUGUCGCCAUUGGGUUCGUCAUUGCUCUAUUCUUCCCGCCCCUGUUUGGGUGCGUGCCCGCCAUUGCUGCCGCGCCACCGUAAGCAGAAGGAUUGAUGACACAGACACAGACAGCCGCCCCAGCCCACGUGUGGACAGACAGUGCGCCUGUGUGCUGUGUGUGUGUGUGCGUGUGUGUGUGUAUUCAGUUUGGUGGGUCUUGGCAUAUUCAUGAUGGCGCCGUGUCGGUUCAUCGACUGGGAUGACCUCGAGCAGGCCUUCCCGGCCUUCCUCACCAUCGCCGUCAUGCCCCUCACAUUCUCAAUCGCCAACGGCGUCGUCGCCGGACUCGUCAGCUACUUCGCUUUCCUCUCAAUCCGGUCCGUCCGUAGCACCGACACCGAAUGACGACCGACCCUUAUUCUGCACCAAAUUUGGCUUGGUGUGCAUUUUGUGCAUUUCGUCUCUUAAUGCAUUGUCAGUACGAUCAUUCUGGCCAUAGUGAAGCUGCUGGAGCGGUGGACGGAGCGCUGGACGCCCCCCCGUUGGCUGCGGUGGAUGAAGGGCGGCGAGAGCGCCAACCAGGUCAUGCGGCACCGGUCGACCUCACCCGGCGGAUGCGCCUCGCCACGCUCCCGGUCCAACAUCGACUACGAGUGGAACAUGACCAUCGAUGAGCUCGAGCAGCCCCUCAACGCACAGCCAGCAGAGGACAAGGACGGUGUCACACCGGCCCCCAAGCCCGACAACGUGCACAUCCCGAUAGUGCACCGCGGCAGUCGGCGCAGAGAGGGUGAGGGUGAGGAGGGCGGGGAGCCCGCGGCGAUGCUGUCGAGCCCCGUGUCGAUCCAGGGUGGAGGGCUGGGGUACACCAUCAUCCCUCACUCGACCCGCAACAGCCAGCACGGGUCGUACGCCUCGGUGUGGGAGGCCAAGGCGCUGCAGGAGGGAGGGGUGCAGUCGCUGGGGGUGGGACACCCUUACAUCCGACGCGACCUCGCACCCCCGCUACCCAGAUCGCUCAAACGAGGUAAGGACGUGCAUGUGACACACCCACACACAUUCAUCCAUCCAUUGUGUUGAUUCAUGGUGUGCAGGUUUCUACACUCCCGAUCCCUACCCUGCUGCCCCGAUCGGGUCAUCGUCCUCUGCUGCCAAGGACCCCCGCGUCACAGCUGACUCGACCGAUCGCCCCCCGGGCGGCAAGGACGAGACGUCCGUGCGGCCUCCCUCAUCGCUGCCAGGGGACGCCCCGGACCGCCGGGUGGACGUCAUCGUGAGCAUCGACACCGAGAAGAGCGUCGACAAGGACAAGGACAAGGCCGCCAAGUGAUAGGAAAACACCCAGGCGAG